GUUUUUUGUAUAUGGAUAUGGUGGUACAGGGAAGACAUUUGUGUGGAGAACACUUUCUGCUGCUAUUCGUUCUAGAGGUGAAAUUGUUAUUAAUGUGGCUUCAAGUGGCAUUGCUUCAUUAUUGCUUCCAGGAGGACGAACAGCUCAUUCACGUUUUGCCAUACCACUAUCAUUGAAUGAGGAUUCAACAUGCAACAUCAAGCAAGGUAGUCCUAUUGCACGUCUCAUUGAAAAAUCCAAACUCAUCAUUUGGGAUGAAGCACCGAUGCUCCACAAAUACUGCUUUGAGGCUCUAGAUAGAAGUAUGCGUGAUAUUAUGCGAUUCUCAUGUCCAAACAGCCUCCACAUGCCUUUCGGAGGGAAAACUAUUGUAUUUGGAGGAGACUUUCGUCAAGUGUUACCUGUUAUUCCUCAAGGUGUGCCCAAUCAUGAACUCACAUUGAAAGUUGGAACUCCAGUCAUGCUUUUGCGUAACAUAGAUCAUUCUAUGGGGUUGUGCAAUGGAACGAGACUCAUUAUUACAAGACUUGGUGACCACAUAUUGGAGGCAAAGGUUUUGACAGGAAGAAGUAUGGGGCAACAAGUAUUGAUUCCGAGAUUGUCAUUGACUCCUUCGGAUGUGAGACUUCCUUUUAAAUUUCAAAGAAGGCAAUUCCCGAUCAUGGUUGCUUAUGCUAUGACUAUAAAUAAAAGUCAAGGGCAAUCUCUUUCGCAUGUUGGUUUAUUGUUAAAGAAGCCGGUUUUUUGUCAUGGACAAUUGUAUGUAGCAGUUUCCAGGGUCACGAGUCCAAAAGGAUUGAAGAUUUUAAUCAUAGGUGAUAAUAA